GGAAAGGACAGGGGACAUGCAUCCCUACACUGCUACAGCUACAGGUCAAAGACACCGCACAAAGGAAAGGACAGGGGACAUGCAUCCCUACACUGUUACAGCUACAGGUCAAAGACACCGCACAAAGGAAAGGACAGGGGACAUGCAUCCAUACACUGCUACAGCUACAGGUCAAAGACACCGCACAAAGGAAAGGACAGGGGACAUGCACCCGUACACUGCUACAGCUACAGGUCAAAGACACCGCACAAAGGAAAGGACAGGGGACAUGCAUCCGUACACUGCUACAGCUACAGGUCAAAGACACCGCACAAAGGAAAGGACAGGGGACAUGCAUCCGUACACUGCUACAGCUACAGGUCAAAGACACCGCACAAAGGAAAGGACAGGGGACAUGCAUCCGUACACUGCUACAGCUACAGGUCAAAGACACCGCACAAAGGACAGGGGACAUGCAUCCCUACACUGCUACAGCUACAGGUCAAAGACACCGCACAAAGGACAGGGGACAUGCAUCCGUACACUGCUACAGCUACAGGUCAAAGACACCGCACAAAGGAAAGGACAGGGGACAUGCAUCCGUACACUACUACAGCUACAGGUCAAAGACACCGCACAAAGGAAAGGACAGGGGACAUGCAUCCAUACACUGCUACAGCUACAGGUCAAAGACACCGCACAAAGGAAAGGACAGGGGACAUGCAUCCCUACACUGCUACAGCUACAGGUCAAAGACACCGCACAAAGGAAAGGACAGGGGACAUGCAUCCCUACACUGCUACAGCUACAGGUCAAAGACACCGCACAAAGGAAAGGACAGGGGACAUGCAUCCGUACACUGCUCCAGCUACAGGUCAAAGACACCGCACAAAGGAAAGGACAGGGGACAUGCAUCCCUACACUGUUACAGCUACAGGUCAAAGACACCGCACAAAGGAAAGGACAGGGGACAUGCAUCCCUACACUGCUACAGCUACAGGUCAAAGACACCGCACAAAGGAAAGGACAGGGGACAUGCACCCGUACACUGCUACAGCUACAGGUCAAAGACACCGCACAAAGGAAAGGACAGGGGACAUGCAUCCCUACACUGCUACAGCUACAGGUCAAAGACACCGCACAAAGGAAAGGACAGGGGACAUGCAUCCAUACACUGCUACAGCUACAGGUCAAAGACACCGCACAAAGGAAAGGACAGGGGACAUGCAUCCCUACACUGCUACAGCUACAGGUCAAAGACACCGCACAAAGGAAAGGACAGGGGACAUGCAUCCCUACACUGCUACAGCUACAGGUCAAAGACAGAGGGGUGGGAGCAGUGGCGACCCGUCAUUAGAGCCCCACCUGU